AUGGAUUCCAGCGACGACCUUGAUGCAUCCGCCUCGCAGAGGAAGAAGCGCUUUCACCGCCACACCCCCAGGCAAAUACAGGCGCUCGAAGCGUGAGUUUUCUCUCUCUUCUGCGCUUUGUCCUUCUGCUGUCUCCUCCUUUCGGAAGUCGAGGCGACCUAGAUCAGGAAGGCCCGUCUGUUUUCAGGAUGUUUAAGGAAUGCCCCCACCCGGACGAGAAGCAGAGGAUGCAUCUGAGCAGGGAGCUGGGGCUGGAACCCCGCCAGAUCAAGUUCUGGUUCCAGAACAGGCGGACGCAGAUGAAGGUUUGCUCCUCUUUUUCACCUCCAUCGACCUCUUCCACCCCCCACCCCCGUUCGUUCUUUCUAUUCAUGAAUGGGGGACCUGCUUCCUUUCGCAGGCUCAGAACGAGAGGGCGGACAACUCCUCUCUGCGGGCGGAGAACGACAGGAUCCGCUGCGAGAACAUCGCCAUGAAAGAGGCGCUGAGGAGAGUCGCCUGCCCAACCUGCAGCGGCCCUCCCGAUGCGGAGGACUCUUUCUUCGACGAAGAAAAGCUCCGAUUGGAGAAUGCCCGACUGAAAGAUGAGGUCAGAACCAGGAACUCCCUUUUCAUCCCACCGAUGAUCACAGCCACAGCCAUGUGACGGGUUCUGCAUAGUUGCAGUUGUAUAGAAUCUCCAGCAUUGCCUCCAAGAACCUGGGAAGUCCGAUCCCCCAUCUCCCACGAGCCCACCGGAUCCCCAUUUCCUCGCUGAGCUUAUCAGUCGGAGGCCAUGGCGUUUCCCCCGUUCAUGCCCCGUCCCUGGACAUUGAUCUCUUGUCUGGGAGCUCCCCUUCAGCUCCACCGCGGUCGUUCCCAUCGGCUGGCAUCUCCGAGGAGGAGAGGUCUCUCAUGGAGGACGCGGCCUCCAGCGCGAUGGCGGAGCUGAUCAGGUUAGUCCAAGCGGAGGAGCCGCUGUGGACGAAAUCGGAGAACGGCGACAGGGAGAUCCUCGAUUCGGAGAGCUACAACAGGAUCUUCACUGGAGCGAGGAACCAGCCGAGGGAUCCAGAUCUGCGCCAGGAGGCCUCCAGGGCCUCCUGCGUAGCCAUGACAACCGCCGUGUCUCUGGUCGACAUGUUAAUGGAUUCGGUAAAUACCUCCUCUCUUCUUCUUGGUCUUCACCAAUCAGUUUGGAGGAUCUGAGUUCGGAGUAACCUGGGCGCCCUUUGGUUGCAGAGCAAGUGGAUGGAGCUGUUCCCGACGAUCGUCUCGAAGUCGAGGACGAUCGAAGUCCUUUCGAGUGGGAUCGGAGGAAGAAGUGGGUCUCUGCUGCUGGUACUCCUCGGAACUCGCCGCCGUCGUCUUCGACCUACGCUUGUCCCCGUUUUCUGAUCCGCUGAUCGACGCAGAUGUACGGGGAGCUGCAAGUUCUUUCCCCAGUUGUCUCUCCCCGGGAUUUCUUCUUCCUGCGUUACUGCCGACAGAUCGAUCAGAGUACAUGGGCCAUUGCCGACGUCUCCCGAGCAAACCCAUCUCCAGCGUCUCCUCGCUGUUGGAAGCUUCCAUCGGGCUGCGUAAUUCAAGACAUGUUUAAUGGAUAUUCGAAGGUGUGAACGAACUCCUCUAGAUUCUAUCAAUCUGUAGCAGAUCUCAGCUUCUUUCGAUUUUACUUCUAGUUAUGUAUGUUCUUCAGUGGUAAGAUCACAGAUCAAAUAUGUGAAUUUACUUAUCGUAGAUUACUUGGGUCGAGCAUGUGGAGGUGGAAGAGAGAUUUCCGAUCCACCAGCUAUACAGAGGGCUCGUCAUGACGGGCGUCGCAUUCGGGGCCCAGCGGUGGGCGGCUACCCUCCGGAGGAGCUGCGAGCGGUGGUCCGCCUGUUCCGUGACCCACGGCGGCGAUUCUGGUAGGGUGGUUCUUGUUGGCGGCGCCUAUCUUCAGCUCCGGUCGUCUCGGAGAAGAUGAGCUCUGACCUCGGUGGAUCAUCGUUGGUUGCACCAGGCGCACUCUCCGGCGACGGGAAGCGGAGCAUGAUGAAGCUUUCUCAGCGAAUGGUAAGCAACUUCUGCGCGAGCAUGAGCGCCGGGGACGGUCACCGGUGGACGACCACGCUCUCCGGGCCGGACGACGUCGGCGUGCGAGUCGCCGUCCACCGGAGCGUGGACCCUGGCCAACCCAACGGCGUCGUCCUCAGCGCCACCACCUCGGUAUGGCUCCCCAUCCCGCCGGAGAUCGUCUUCGGCUUCCUUAGCAACGAACAGACUCGCCCUCAGGUGCUUCCCUGCCCUAAUUCCCUAUAGUUGAAUCUUCAAGGGCAUCUCCCUUCCCCUCUCUCUCCAGCUUGCGUUCUUCUUUUCAUCUUCGCAGUGGGACGUUCUCUCCAAUGGCAACUCGGUGCAAGAGGUCGCCCACAUCUCCAGUGGGCAGGACCCGAGGAACUGCAUCUCUCUCCUGCGGGUGAGCUUCUUCUCCUUCUUCUUCUUCAGUCGGUUUUCCAGGAUUUGACCUGGGCGAAUGAGCGAAUGGCGCAGGGCCUCAACGCCAGCGAGAGCACAAUGCUGAUACUCCAGGAGAGCUGCACCAACCCCUCGGGGUCCCUGGUGGUCUAUGCCCCCAUCGACAUCCCGGCGAUCAACGUCGUGAUGAGCGGGGAGGACCCCUCGCGGUUGCCGCUGCUGCCGUCGGGGUUCGCCAUAGUUUCCGACGAGGGCGAGUUCUCCGGAGGGAACGGGUCCUUGGUCACAGUGGCGUUCCAGAUACUAGUCAGCAGCCUGCCAUCCGCCAAGCUGAACAUGGAGUCCGUGGGGACAGUGAACAACCUCAUCAGCACCACCGUGCAGCAGAUAAAGGCCGCCUUGAAUUGCCCCGUCGUCUGA